AUGGGUCGGGCCAACCAGACAGCUGUGACAGAGUAUGUCCUGCUGGGACUACGCGGCCACCAUAACCUAGAGAUGGCCCUGUUUGUGUUUUGCCUGGGCAUCUACUCUAUGAAUAUACUGGGCAACAGCCUCCUCAUAGGGCUGAACGUGCUGGACCCCCACCUGCACAGCCCCAUGUACUUCUUUCUCAGCAACCUCUCUCUCGUGGACAUCUGUGGCACAUCCGCCUUCGUGCCUUUCAUGCUGGUCAACUUCCUGAAAGCCAAAAGGAUCAUCUCCUUCCCUGGCUGUGCUCUGCAGAUGUACCUGACCAUGGCACUGGGCUCCACCGAGUGCCUGCUCUUGGUGGUGAUGGCAUAUGACCGUUACAUGGCUAUCUGCCAGCCGCUCAGGUACACAGAGCUCAUGAAUGGGCAGACGUGCAUGCUGAUGGCAGUGCUGAGCUGGGGGAUAGGCUUUGCCAACUCACUGAUGCACUCCAUUGUCGCCUGGAGACUCCCCUUCUGUGGCCACAAUGUCAUUAACCACUUCUUCUGUGAGAUCUUGGCAGUGCUGCAGCUGGCUUGUGGGGACAUCUCUUUCAAUGCGCUCCUUUUCAUGGUGGCCAUAGUUGUCGUGUCGAUGACCCCGUUCCUGCUCAUCUGUCUGUCCUACAUCUUCAUCCUUGCUGCCAUCCUCAGGGUGCCCUCUGCUGCAGGCCGGAGCAAAGCCUUCUCCACCUGCUCUGCCCACCUCACAGUAGUAGUGGUUUUCUAUGGGACUAUCUCCUUCAUGUACUUCAAGCCCAAGGCCAAGGACCCUGACUUGGAUAAGAUUAUUGCAUUGCUCUAUGGGGUCGUGACCCCCUCACUCAACCCCAUCAUCUACAGCCUGAGAAACACAGAAGUAAAAGCUGCUACCCUAGCUCUGUUCAGGGGAGAUCUGCUCUCCAGGAAAAUGCCCUGCUUUUCCUGUUGCGCUACGACUGCAUCUGGCAGGAUAGGCUAG